AUGAAGAUUGAAUACGUUUAUAACAUAAAAGAUACAAUCAUACGACCGCAGGAUUUUGUUUAUAUCAAUUAUCGGAAAAUCAAUAAUGAGGAUGUGCUGCCAUAUUUUAUCUUUCUGAAUACUGUUGUUGGUGUGAAAGUUAGAAAAAUUACAACAAGAAAACUGUGGAUGUUGCAAGAUAAAUUCAAGCGUAGACUUCACGACCUCAUUCAUUCUCAACUGAUUGGAAGUAAUGGUACACACAUCCAAACAGUGAUUGGACUGGAGGAAGCAUGUGAUGGAUGUGAGAAAUGUUCAAAUAUUGCACAAAAGUGUCUUGAAUAUGGUCCAUUGAGAUUCAGUACACUACAAACUAUGAUUUAUUCAAAGAACUACAAGAAACUGCAUGUGACCGAUAAACUAUUCGAAGAUAUUGCAGAGUACUGUAUCUCUAAAUCAAAGAACAAAAAAGAAUGUUUCAAAGAAAUGGAAAACACUAUUCACUCCACCAUCUCCUGUGAUAAACUUGCUAUAUGGAUAAAUGAAUCCAGAGUACUCCCGAAUGAAGAGCCAGAUUCAGAGUAUAAUCACAGGCAUAUGCCACGAGAAGUUAUCGAUACCAUUCUGAGAAAAUGGUAUGUGAAAUCUAUCAAACUCUGUAUGUUGCACAUGACAAAUGAAGAAAUGUGUAGUGUUGAAUGGCAACAGUAUGACUAUUUCACUCAAGUCAGGUUGAAUGAUCCAUAUUUGAAAACAAAGAAAUCAGAUUUGAAAUUCAACCAUGUCGAAGUGAGUUUGUCUUAUUCAUCUUACUGUGUGAGAGAUCUAGGCAACCGCCAAUUCAUUGGGAUCCAACCCAGAGGAUACGACAAUUUUAUUCCAAAUAUCAGAAGAAUGUUCCCUACGGAUAGAAUAACGAUGGACCUGUCACACUGGUUUGCUGUACCUGUCGUUAACAUUGAGAAGAAAAUGUCAACAAUAUUAGAAGUGGUCACUAUGGAACAACAUCUGAAUUUGAGUUUAGACAUCAAGUUCUUUGUAAGUAUUCUAAUUGUCAAAAAGCUCAAUGAGGAGACGAAAAAGGAAGAAUUGUUGUCAAUUGCUCCGGGAUAUGAUCUGGAGCCAGAAAGAUUACACUGUUUCAAGAAAUCGUCAGCGUUCAAUGCAGAACAUGGUCCGGAUGUAUUUCUUGACAAUAAAUGGAUUGGAAGAAGGUUUCAAGUAAAAAAUACUAUCAAUCAAUUCAAUUUUAAUUUGGAUGUGUAUAUCAAGGAGAAAGAGUUGGAAGAAGGACUGGAUAAAGAUCUACUACAGGAAUAUCCAAAUUCAUUUGUUGCACACUUUUGUCAUAAAAACCCUUUAAUUGUUUAA